ACGUUUCUGGGGUCUCUUUUCCUCUUCCUGCCACCGGAGGCAGCUGGGCUCCCGCCGCGCCGGGAUCCGCGGGGCCGUGUUCGGUCGGCGGAUGGACCCGCAGCCCGGCGCCAGGAGCUGCAGCCGCGGGGCUCCCGCCUGCGAGGUGGGGCCACCCGAACCCCCCAUGAACCUCUACAUCCACACCACCACCGGCACCCGCUAUGAGCUCUCGGUGCCCGCCGAGGAGACGGUGGAGGGGCUGAAGCGACGGCUGUCCCAGCGCCUCAAGGUGCCCAAGGAGCGUCUGGCGCUGCUGCACAAAGAGAGCCGCCUCAGCUCGGGCAAACUGCAGGACCUGGGGGUCGUGGAAGGCAGCAAGCUGACACUGGUGCCCACCGUGGAGGCCGGCUUGAUGUCCCAGGCGUCCAGGCCAGAACAGUCGGUGAUGCAAGCUCUGGAAAGCUUAACUGAAACUCAGGUCAACGACUUCUUGUCAGGCCGGUCCCCGCUGACCCUGGCCCUGCGUGUGGGUGACCACAUGAUGUUCGUGCAGCUGCAGCUGGCGGCUCAGCAGAGCACCGGGCAGCUCCAGCACCGCCACCUCAUUGCCAGCCGCGGCGAGGCGGGGGCCAGCGCCAGCCCCCACUGCCGGACGCUGCACGGUGCCAGCGGCUCAGGCUUCGCCCGCAUCCCCGUGGUGCCCUCAUGCCAGCAGAGCCCGGCCCCCAGCCCCACGCCCACUGCACCGGCCCCCCCCAUGUACUGUAACGCCCCUCACGCCGCUCCUGUCACCGCCGGGAUGUUCCGGUCACACGGGGCCAGCACGCAGACGGUGAACAGCAGCGUGGUCUCCUCCUGCUCAGAGGUGGACUGUGGUUCCCGCGGCAGCAGCUCCCCGGGCAGCAGUCCGGCCGCCUCGGCCCGAUCCCGCAAGCCCGGGGCGGUCAUCGAGAGCUUCGUCAACCACGCGCCUGGGGUCUUCUCAGGGACCUUCUCCGGCACUUUGCACCCCAACUGCCAGGACAGCAGUGGGCGGCCGCGGCGGGACAUUGGCACCAUCCUGCAGAUCCUCAACGACCUCCUCAGCGCCACGAGACACUACCAGGGCAUGCCCCAGUCCCUGACACAGCUCCGCUGCCAGACGCAGUUCUCCUCCUCCUCCUCCUCCUCUUCCUCCUCCUCCUCGCCGCCUGCCUCUCCAGACCUCGCCACCAAAACUACCUCAGAGCCGCUGCCGGCGGCCGCCGCCCCCACCCUACACCCCGUUGUCCAGUGCCAAAGCCAGAUCCGGAUGUGCAAGCCCAGUGGGGACCGGCUGCGGCAGACGGAGAACCGGGCGACGCGCUGCAAGGUGGAGCGGCUGCAGCUGCUGCUGCAGCAGAAGCGGCUGCGGCGGAAGGCGCGGCGGGACGCGAGGGCUCCGUACCACUGGGUGCCCAACCGCAAGGCCGGGCGCACCAACAGCAACAGCAGCGUCUCCAGCGAGGGCAGCCUGGACCUGGACUUCGAGGACUCGGUCUGGAAGCCGGAGGUCAAGGCCGAGAUGAAAUCCGAGUUUGUCGUAGCAUAGAGAGCCAGGGCCCCGGGGGACUGUGCCGGGGGGUCCCACUCGCUGGCCCCGCUUUGGGGAGGCAGUGCUGGCAUCGCGGGCCGGGGCUCCUCGAGAUUUGCCGUCCCCUGUGACCAGACGCGUUGGGCUGACCUGCGUGUUGGGGGGAGCCCCCCGUCCCCCUGCUCGGUCGGGUUUGGGGCGAUGGGGAAGAGCAGUAGGAGCUGCCCCCUCCUUGCAGCCUCCCCAGCCGGGGGGUCCUGGCACCCGGGGGGGCCCUGGGGCGUAUCGAAGCUGCUGCUUUGCUGUGAAGAGGGACACAGCCGGGUUGGCUCCGGCCCCACCGCGUGCCACCCCACCCCGGUGCAGGCAGGACGAGAUGAAGUCUCUCUCGGAGGUGCUGGAGCCCCCCUGAUUUGGGGGCUGUUUGUUUUCCUUCCCUUCUAUAUGUAGCAUUGCUCGGCUGUGGGGCUGGGCCCCCCCGGGUGGCCGGGGGGACAUGUGUGCCUGGGCCCCACAGCUGCAGCCUGGGGAGGGGGGACGGGGGUGGGGGGGCUUUGUUUUUUGCGGGGUGUUAAUUUUGUUUGGGGAGGGAGAAGCCAAGGCGCCUUCCCUCCACGGCCGAGCCCAACUUCCGAGUCCCUGGAUUCCUUCCCACCCGCCGCUUGGGUGGUUGGAUUUUUUUCUUUUUUAACUUAAAAAAAAUAAAAAAAGAAGAAAAAAAAAAAAGAAAAAAAACCCUGAAUAAAUAACCCCAAACUCGGUCCUGGCUGCAGGGCCGGUAUUUAUAGACAUUAAUGACCCGACUGAGCCAAUACUGACAUAGUCUUCAUAGGCCGUAGGAUCCUUUUUCUCGUCCGACUUGGAUUUUUUUUCCGUCAGGAUCUGUGCAAAUAGAGCCCCCACGUGAUGUGUUUUUUGUCUGUAAAAGUCUUUUUUUUUUUUUUUUUUUUUGUGUGUGUGUGUUUUGGGGAACGGGGGGCGGGGGGGAAGAGCAAGGCUUUUUUGGUCUUUAAUAUUUUAUUUUUUAUUUUUGAAAUAAAUUUGGGCAGUCUGGA